AUGGCCCGAAUGGGAAGCCUCGACGCCUUGCCCCUGGUGUACGUGACCGGCUUCGGCCCCUUCGUCGGGCACGACGUGAACGCCAGCUGGGAGGCGGUGAAGCUGCUCCCGCGCCUCCUCGGCAGGGAGGACCGCGUGCAGCUCGUGGUCGAGGAGAUCCCCGUGGACUACGACUUCGUCAUGCGGGAGAUCCCCCGGAGAUGGCGGGAGCUCGACCCUCAUCUUGUGGUGCAUGUGGGGGUGAGUAGCACAUGCGAAGGUGUGACAUUAGAACAGUGCGCAAACAACGUGGGGUACCAACGACCCGACAUGCGAAAAUGCUGUCCCAUGAAGGGGAAGUGCCGAAGGGACGUUGAGGAUACCUGCAUCGUGUCGUCUCUCGACAUGCACUCGCUCUCCCUGAGGGCAAACACUUCCGUCCCGCCUCCACCCAUCUUGGUCCUUGUGUCACGGAAUGCUGGCAGGUAUUUGUGCGAGUUCACGUACUUCACAUCCUUGAGUGUGGAUUUGUCGAGGACAGCUUUCAUACACGUCCCUACUGUAUCCCCAAAUGUUUCUGCUCAUGAUAUUGCAGUUACUCUCAAAGCUUGUAUUCUUGCAAUGCUUGAAUCCCUGUCAGCAGCCACUGCAUGUGUUGUAGAGAAACAGAUGGUGGGGAUCAGACGGCCCCGAGGGUUGACGAAUGGUCAGAUAUUUGUAGCCAUUGUCUUGGGAGUCAUUGGGGGUGUGUACAUCUGGAAACCCGUGUUUGCACCCCAGAAGCUCAAGGAGAACCCCACUAAGAUUCAGCAAGGAAAGAAGCAUUUUGAUCUGAGACGUCUGGCCAAGUCUUUCGGCACAGGUCUCAUCUAUGUUGUCAUUGGUGCUGGACUCAUUGGCAUGUACGCCUCUGGUUGGAAGUGGGCCUUGAAGGACUCGUCCUCGUAUGAAGGAGACACCACGGACGCCGCCAUGAUGAAUUCGGACUCUGAACACAGACCCGGAACGAGGACCCUUAUCGUGCGGCAGGGUCAAUCCUGUGUUAUUUGUGUGAUCAUGAGUGGAUUAGAUUAUCUUGAUCUCAUUCUCCCAUAUUAUCUGCUGAUUGCCCUACCUGUGUUCAUCAUCUUCGCUCCCAUCACUCCUGCACUUGCUGGACAUGAUUUCAAUGUCUAUCGCAUGCAGCAGUUUGACGUGCAAGGCACUCAGUAUGGCUCUCGCAAUGCCCCAGUCAGCAUGGAAGCACGUACGCUGGCAGCCAAGAACGUAAUGCGGAAGUGUGUCGUGGCUCGGUGGACCGAGAUCCUGCAGGAAGGAGGGCUGGAGCUCUGGCGACGACUGCAUUCUCUGGGUGUCGGGGCACUCCUGAUCAUCCUUCCGCAAAACAUGUCUUCCUUCACUUCCUCUGAGUUGGAAGUAUCCCUGGAUCUCGAGUCGGCAAUGCUGAAUGAGGAGACAGACAUUCCAGUGUACUUUGCCCUGGAGUCCCCAGAAGUGAUGGACAUCUACUGGGAGAUGCACCAUGGAUCCCUGGCAGAUUCCUCCCCUUCUGCUGCUCAUGCUCUCAUGCAAGCAGUGGUAUCCAGUGGGUAUUCAUUGCAUACAGCAGGAUCUGGAAGCAAAAUCAUCAACAAUGCUGAAAUUGCCAGCAUUCAGGGGAGGUUGCCAGCAGAGACCGGGGAAAAUGUUCCCACGAUUGCCAUCAUCGCUCAUUAUGAUUCCUUUGGCAUGGCCCCUGACCUGUCAUUUGGAGUUGAUUCAAAUGGAUCUGGAGCAGCAAUGCUGUUGGAGUUGGUGCGCCUGUUCUCUCAUGCAUUUGAGGAUAUGGGGAAGAGGGCCCCAGCAAACAUCCUCUUCCUUCUCUCGGGGGGUGGAAAGCUGAACUUCCAGGGCACGCGGCGGUGGCUCGAGGAUCAGCUCGAUGGUCUCGAAGGAGGUCUCCUUCAGGAGGUGGGGUUCACGUUAUGUCUGGACACUGUCGGUGGGGCUGAGGAUUCCCUCUUCCUUCAUGUAUCUAAACCUCCCAAGCCAGGCACUCCUGCUCAUGAAUUCCUAACUGUUUUGGAGGACAUAGCCAGUCACUUGUACCCGAGCGUGAAUGUGAGCAUCGUACACCGGAAGAUCAAUCUGAAUGCCGAGCAGCUGCUGUGGGAGCAUCAGCGCCUGAGCUUGCGUCGCAUCCCUGCAUUCACCCUCUCCGGCCUCCAGUAUCAUGAGAUUGGUCUGAAUAAUAUAUACGAGUAUCAUAAUCAUGACUAA